CUGCAUAGAAAGACUCCACACCUCAUAACUUCACCCCUUAACCCACCCUCCCACCAUGGUGAACCCUGGUACUAAUGCUGACCCACUCCAACAACAACAACCACCCUUCAUCAAGGGAACCCCAGUGGAGGUGAGCAGCGACGACGAAGGCUUCCGAGGCGCUUGGUACUCCGCCAUAAUCCUCGAACCCCUCAAAUCCACUUCCAAGAAGCGCAAAAAGGCCUUGGUUAGAUACAAGACACUGCUCGCCGAUGACGGCUCCUCCCCUUUGACGGAAUAUGUUGACCCCUCUUAUAUCCGCCCUUUGCCGCCUAAUGAGAAGGGGAGUGCUCAGCAGUUUGAAGUAAACGACGUCGUCGACGCUAGCUACAGAGACGGUUGGUGGACUGGGGUUGUGAGGAAGGUUAUGGAAAAGUCGAAAUAUAGGGUUUACUUCGAUAAUCCACCUGAUGUCAUUGAAUUUGAUAGGAAUUUGAGGGUUCACUGGAACUGGAUCGAUGGCAAAUGGGUUCGACCUGAAAAGCAGCAAUCAACAGGCUCCAUUUUUAGCUCAGGGACAGCUGUGGAAGUAAAUAUUGACAAUGAAAACCUAGGCGAUAUUUGGUAUCCUGUACUAGUCGUAAAAGAAAAUGAGGAUAAUACUUUCCUGGUGAAGUGUCAGAACUCUAGCACUCAUGAUGAGUGUGGGACAGUAAAAGUUGUUGUCGAUUCCCUCCAUAUCAGACCCAUUCCUCCUCGAUAUGCAGAUAGAAAUUAUGAAUUGCUGGAAAGAGUGGAUGCAACAUAUAACUUCGGUUGGCGAAGUGGAGUAAUUACCAAAGUUCUUACUGGAAAAAGGUACAAUGUCUUUUUUAAGCAUGGAAAUGAGGACAAGGAAUUCUGUCACUCCGAUAUCAGGCCUAACGUGGAAUGGGUUGAUGGCAAAUGGUUUAGUAAAUUCAAGGAAGUCAUAAUUGCGUCUGAUGAGCAAGAGCAGAUAGCAAUUGCUCUCGGUACCCAAAACAGCAAGGUGGCUGGAAACUUGAAAAAGAAAACACUGAAUAUGACACCUUUGAAAAAGAUGAACAAGAAUGCUGUGAAGAAGUCAACUUCCACUGAUGAAAACAAUGCUUUGAACACAAGCAGGAAGAAGGUCAAACCAGAAACCUCAAACGGUUACACUUCUCGUUCAUGGCCUUCAAAAAAGCUAACUGAAGGAAGUGCAGUGGAGACACCGAUAUCAGCCGCAGGCAAUAAGUUAAAAGAUAUACCUAGUGAAACAUUGUGUAAAGAAGGCACUCCAAGGACUGGUGGUAAAGGUGCUAAAUCCUCCAAGAAAGCUGUGGUUGGUGAUGAACAUUGUGCUAAGAUUGAAAGCCCGACAACAGAAGCAAUAAAUCAAACUGCUUCAAACGACUACGUUUUCUGUCAACAUCACCAUUCUAACUGGACAACUAAGAGGCAGAAAGCUGGUUCAUCUGACGGUACGGCAAAUGACCUUGUGCAAAGGAAUGUCAGAGCUAGAAAGUCCCCGAUUAAAGGCCCACAAGUUCCAACAGCAGGCAAGGAUGGAACUACACGGAUUGCUGAAGCUAAUAAAGGGGAGAUUAAAACAAAAGAAGCUGAAAUGGCCAUCGUCAUAGGAUUAACAGCAUUCACAAAGAGUAUAUCUAAUGUAAAUGAUUCAGCGAGGAAUCAGAACAUGGAAACAAAAGAACAUAAAGUUGGAGCCAACGAUCUGAAAAGGAAGACAGGAAGACCUGAUAGAUCAGUAGUUACAAGUCCAAAGGCUUCUGAUGCUGGUAAGGGGCAAAAUGGGGCUGAAGGGAUUACUGAUGAAAAAGCUGUAAAAGAUUAUACGAGUGAUGAGGCUGGUUUGUCAAAACAUAAAGGGGUGGAAGUGUCAGCCACUGAAGAUUCUAGAGGAAGGACAAGUGAUGAUUACAAAACAAAAGAGGUUCACACGGUGGCUCCUGGGAUUUCUGAUUUGGCUGAUGAGGAUCAACCUCUGUCAACUUGGAUAGGAGGAAUGCACACUUCAGGUGAUGAAGAAUCAAGACUCCCCUCUGCUAGGCUUCUCAACGGAUGGAAUGGGGAAAAAGGAUUGGUUGAUGUACCAAUUGAAUCUCUUGAAAUCGAUGCGAGUGGAAGAAGUCCAUUGGUUAAUGAUCAGGGUUUGCCUUUUGUGAAGAGAUCAACUGUAUGGCGAACAAUUGAAUCUAUGGAUGUUUUCCGAGUUGUGCCUCAAAAACCACAUUUUCUACCUUUGGCUGAAAACAGAGAGGAGUUUCGUGAAGGAUCGGCAAUUGGUAUCAUGGUAUCCUUUGCUAGUUUGUUUGAGAAGAUAUCCACGUUGCAUUUUGAUGAACCUAGAGAUACAUUUGACAGCAUUUUGGAAAGUCUUAGUGACUUGGAAAAACAUGGAUUUGAUGUCACUCUGCUUCAGCACCGCUUGGAUAAACUACUUUCACUUAAAGAAAGACAUAAUCAGCAUCUAGAGGAGAUGCAAAAUGCUGAAAGGGAGAUGAUUGAGAAUACGAAGGAGAUAUCUAAAUUUGAUGAAGAGAUGGAAGAGAUCGAAAAGAAGAUUACACAAUUACAAGAGAGACACGCUUCCAUAAAAUCGGAGAAGGAGACUAAGAAUCUUAAGGUUGGUAGUUUGAAGUUUCAUGUUAGUGCUCUAAACAAACUUAUUCAGAAUGCAUCUCAUGAUUUUAAGAAAAUAGCUACUGCCUCAUGGAAGUUGCCAUGAUCAAACUGAUGGCACUACUCUUUGGUUUCAUCUUCAUACUGCCAAGAGCCCUGGGUCACAGGUAUGAUUUUUGUUGAUAACUAUGUGGAUUCAAACUGUAGUGAUUAGGGUACAUUAGUAGAGGGUCUAUUAUGGUUCAUGGAUAUGAAUGUGUUAGCUAUUCCAUGCACAUAUAUUGUGUUUGGAUUCAUGUUUGGUAAGUAGGUCUUCUUUGAGUCAAAAACUUGAACAUGCUUCCCUAGACUAUAAGUAGUGAAAUUGUGAUAUACUAACCUUCCCUUUUAAUG